AUGCGUCUUUGGAAACAUGACUUUCGGGGCAGGGCCCUGAUCAUUGCCAUUACCAUGGCCUCUUGCCAGGCCUUUCUCUUGCUGGGGUUUGACCAAGGUGUCAUGUCCGGCAUUGUGGGCGCGGAUAAUCGCUUCGCCCGCGACUUCAACAACCCUGACGCAGCGAUGCAGGGUAAUAUCACCGGUCUGUACGAUAUCGGCUGCGUGGUCGGGUCCAUCAUCUGCUACUUCAUCGGUGAGAGAAUGGGUCGACGAACCAUGCUGAUGAUGGGCGGGUUCAUCAUGAUCAUCGGGACCGUCAUCCUCGCUUCCUCCUACACAAUAGCACAGCUGCUGGUCGGCCGAAUCGUUACCGGGCUGGGCAACGGAAUGAACUCUUCCACCGCCCCAGUCUACCAGAGUGAAUGUUCUCCAGCAGAAUACCGUGGUGCCCUGCUCACCUUGCAGGGAACUGUCACUAUCCUGGGCGUGGUGAUCGCCUACUGGAUGGACUACGGCACCAGCUUUACUGAUUCCUCCUAUGAAUGGCGCCUCCCCCUCGCAUUCCAGGCCGUCUUCGCUAUAUGCCUCAUCUUGCAGGUGGUCGGCCUCCCGAAAGUCCUCGUUGGCUGGUCCAACAUGACCGACACGAUGAAGCCCGCGCUGUGGUAG